AUGACCGCAUCCAUCCACUCGACACUUGUUGGCUCCUGGCACCACCAACCUCUUCACAAGAUUCAAAUGGUACUGUACCACACUAUGUCCAUGUUCAUGCUCUUCACUGACAAUGUGAUGCCUUGUAGGUUCGACGAACGGUGCAUGAUGCACCGUGCAUCUAUCCAAACCAACUGUCUGGUUUGGUGCUCCUUCUCCUGCUCCUGUCGUUGUGUCGUUGUUGUCGUCGUCGUCGUCGUCGUCGUCGUCGUCAUCGUUGGUGCCAUCUCAUCCUGGGCCGCAACACUCAACAGAGCAUUGAGUGGCCCAUCAUCGUCAUCAUCAUUGCUGCUCUCAACCAGGUUCACCACUCUUGUAGCGCCCAGCUGUUGA